AAGUUCGUCAUGACUCACACCAACCUUACCAUCUUCCAUCCUACAAUUUUUGUCUUACUCGGCAUUCCUGGGUUGGAGGCAUAUCACAACUGGCUGUCUAUACCCCUCUGCCUCAUGUAUAUCACUGCAGUCCUGGGAAACAGCAUCCUGAUAGUGGUCAUCAUCAAGAACAUUAAUCUUCAUGAGCCCAUGUAUUUUUUCCUUUCCAUGUUGGCUAUGACGGACAUCAUGCUGUCUACCACUACUGUACCCAAAGCCCUAGCCAUCUUUUGGCUCCAUGACCAUGAUAUUGCCUUUGAUGCCUGUGUUACUCAAGUUUUUUUUGUCCAUGUGAUGUUUGUGGGGGAGUCAGCGAUCCUAUUAGCUAUGGCCUUUGAUCGCUUUGUGGCCAUCUGUGCUCCUCUGCAUUAUUCAACAGUGCUAACAUGGCCUGUUGUGGGAAGAAUUGCUCUGGCCAUUGUGAUCCGAAGCUUCUGCAUCAUCUUUCCAGUGAUUUUCUUGCUGAAGCGGCUGCCUUUCUGCCGGACCAACAUCAUCCCCCAUUCCUACUGUGAGCAUAUUGGAGUGGCCCGCUUAGCCUGUGCUGACAUUACUGUUAAUAUCUGGUAUGGUUUCUCAGUGCCCAUUGUCAUGGUCAUCUUGGAUGUAAUCCUCAUCACUGUGUCUUACUCGCUGAUCCUCCGAGCAGUGUUUCGUUUACCCUCCCAGGAUGCCCGGCACAAGGCUCUCAGCACUUGUGGCUCCCAUCUCUGUGUCAUCCUCAUGUUUUAUGUUCCAUCCUUCUUUACCUUACUGACCCACCGCUUUGGACAUAACAUUCCUCGACAUGUGCACAUCCUGCUGGCCAAUCUUUAUGUGGUGGUGCCACCAAUGCUCAACCCCAUUGUCUAUGGUGUGAAGACUAAGCAGAUCCGGGAGGGUGUAGUCCACCAGUUCUUUGACAUCAAGGCUCGGUGUUGUGCUUCACCUCUGAACUGA